AUGUCUGAAGAGGGUGUUAAGAAAGAUAUCGUAGCAAGCCUAGAGUCCGACGCGGAUUCUAACAACCACGUUAUACCUAGCGAGAAGGCGAAGAUACCAUGGUGGUCAUAUAUCUGGGUAUGUCCCAUCACUCACUUAUUCAUUGCUCGCUCCGAAGAGAGCAUAGAAAAACCCCUAACACUUCAACCAGGACUAUGACCCACUCCAAACGCCCAGGGAACGAAAGUUCCUCCAAAAACUAGACAUUUCCCUCCUCACAAUUCUCUCCUUCAGCUACUUUAUCAAAAACCUCGAUCAAACAAACAUCGCCAACGCCUACGUAUCGGGUAUGAAAGAAGACCUCCGCAUGAACGCCAACGAACUAAACUACAUCGACAUAUCUUGGACAUGCGGCUACGUAAUCGGCCAACUCCCUUCCCAAAUAAUCCUCACAAAAGUCCGACCAUCAGUCUGGAUCCCCUCUUGCGAACUCGUUUGGACGAUCUUGACGUUUUGUUUAGCGGCUGCCACGACUAGCAAACAGGUUAUCGCUAUCAGAUUCUUUGUUGGACUCGCUGAGAGUAUCUUUUAUCCUGCAGCUCAUUUUUUGAUUGGGAGUUGGUAUAAGACUGGGGAGCUGGGGAAGCGGGCUUGCAUUUUUCAUGCGAGUUCUGCGGCGGCGGGAAUGUUCUCGGGGUAUUUGCAGGCAGCUGUUUACAAAGAACUUAAUGGUGUUCAUGGGAAAGCUGGAUGGCAGUGGUUAUUCAUCAUGGAUGGAGUUAUCUCAGCACCAAUCUGCCUGGCUGGGUUCUUCCUUAUCCCUGAUCUGCCCGAGAAUACGCGAGCGUUCUAUCUUACCCAAGAAGAUAAAGAACUGGCGAGAAAGAGAAUGAGCGAUAUUGGGAGGGCCCCGAGGAGAAAGUUAGGUUGGGAUAUUUGGAGAAGGGCGUUCAAAAGGUGGCAUGUUUAUGUUCUGACCGUGUUGUAUAUUUUAUUUUUGAACUCGACGCCGAGUACCAGUGUUGCGCCUUUGGCUUUGUGGCUGAAGAGCAGGAACUUUCCGGUCACCCAAAUUGUAAGUUCCGCCUUUCUCACUUGGUUUAACCGAAGCAAGGCACAAGGUUACGCAAUCUCAGUGUCUAAUCAACGGUCUAUCACACACCACGAACAAAAGAAUCCUUAAUGAUCAUCUUGUCCCUUUCAAUUUACACCCUUGAAAGUACCCUCGCUAACUAAAAACCCCAGAACAUUAUCCCAACUGGCCAAAGUGCCGUACAACUAGUAACAACAGUCGGCCUCGCAAUUUUAAGCGACUUCCUCCGCAGCCGCGCAACAGUAAUGUACAUAGCAACCGUAUGUCCCCUUCACUCCCCCUAAUCCUAAACCCUUUCCACCUCUAAUAUAGCGAAGUCCCUAGGUCUCCUCUCCUCCCUCCUACUGGAAAUUUGGACCAUCCCAACCGGCCUGAAAUACACAGCCUACUUCCUAUCGCGCGCUGCCGUAGCUUUCGGACCUCUAUCCAUGUCCUGGGCGAACGAAAUCUGCACCUCCGAUGCGGAAGAACGCGCGCUGGUAAUAGGGAUAAUGAAUGCAACCGCGUACGCAUUCAAUGCGUGGUUGCCACUGCUUACGUAUCCUGUGAAGGAUGCGCCAAGGUUUAGGAAGGGGUUUAUUUGGAGUUGUUGUGUGCUUGUUGGCCAGGCGGGAGCCACGGGUGUUGUGGCGUGGCUUUGGAAGAGAGAAGGGAGGAGGAAGGGUGGGGAUGGGGAAGGUAUUGAGGAGGGUGGUAAUGGAGACAGGGAGGAAACGAGAGAGGUGGGUGUGAGG